AUGUCGUCCUCAGCCCCUCAAGACAAAUCUUCUAAUACUCCUGACAUUGGUGUUGGCUUGCCUACAAAGCCUAUGAUCAAUCUUAUCAUUGAUCCUAUCCCUAACCCUUUCCGUGAUCAGAUGCCGACGACUAUGAUGAGCCGUAAGGCAUUCAGCAAAGCCGGUAAGCCUGCAGUGAUUCAGGUCAACUCCCAUAUCGUCGAGCAGUGGCCGACUAUCAAUAUCUACCAAUAUGAUAUCGUCAUCGGAAACGGCGCAGAGAAGCGUGGUCUCAUUCAGGCCGUAUGGGCUUCCAAGAAGGUCAAGAGCGAGAUAUCGCAGUACGGCCCCGGUUUCAUCUUCGAUGUCAGUCAUCUUGGAUGGGCCACUUCCCAGAAGCCUGACCGUUCAUUCGUUGUCGAUCUCGAUGUCGAGAAGGGUCAAACACCUCGUGCGCCUCGUGACGGUCAAGCUGCUCGAGAGAAUAAGCAUAGAGUCGCGAUCAAGUUUGCCAAGAAGGUCCAGUUGGCAACGGUUCGAGCGUACCUGGAAGGCACAGUGGACUUCGACAAUGGGAUCUUGGAAGGAAUCAACUUCCUUGACCACUUGCUGCGCGAAACACCCUCAAAGUCGAUGAUCAAUCUACGGCGAUCGUACUUUGCACGUCAUCCUGUCUCUGAGGAGCGCACUCUACUCACUGGAGGCGUUGAGGCUAUGAAGGGUGUUUAUCAAUCCAUUCGUUUAGCCGAGGGCAAGCGCUUGGUCGUCAAUGUCGACGUGUCAAAUUCGUGCUUUUGGCACCCUUUGCCGUUCAAUAUGCUUGCAUUCCAACUGUCUGGCGAGAAAGGUCCGGAACGCUUUGAAUCUACGUCUCAUCGACAACCUGAUGGGAGAGACACUAUGUAUAUGCCUUUGUUCAAGCGUCUCUGUCGGAACAAAUUCUUCGUCAAGCACCGUGGUAGUGAUGAGACAAAGAUCUGGACCGUCAAGCAGAUCUCUAGACUCAAUGCUAAAGAGCACAAAUUCGACGUGACUGAGAAAGCCACUGGCAAGGUCACCAAUAUGAGCGUCUACGAGUACUUCCAGAAGAAGUAUAAUAUCCCACUCAGACAGCCAUGGUUGCCCUUGGUCCAGACCCAGAAGCCCAAUGUGCUCUUUCCCAUGGAGGUCUGUGUCAUGUGCGAUGGACAGCGCUACCCUUUCAAGUUAAAUUCCGAUCAGACGGCCAAUAUGAUCAAAUUUGCAGUAUCGCGACCUCCACAGCGUCGUCAGGCAAUCGACCAAGGGCUGAAGAAGCUCGACUGGGCCAAAGACCCCAUGCUCCUAGGUUACGGGAUGAAAAUCAAUCCAACGAUGCUCAAGACUAAUGCUCGUAUCCUGGAGCCGCCUGAGCCAUUGUUCGCAAAGGGCGCAACGGCCAAGCCCAAUUUCACCGGUCGUUGGGACUUGAGAGGUAAAGUAUUCCUUCAGCCAAACGACCGACCUCUGAAGUCGUGGGGCAUUGUUGUUCUUAUGCCUCAAGAUCGUCGACCACCUGUGACUGUGGACCAGAUUGAGGCAUUCAAGAAGAAUUUCUUGACUCUUUAUCGUGGCCAUGGCGGACAGGUCGAGAAUAUGAAUCCUCCAAUAAUUGGCGGAGUCCCGGACGACGCCAAAGCCAUUGAGACAUGCUUCAUGCGAGCUGGCAGCGCAGCCAACCUGCGACCUCAAAUGCUGAUGGUGAUCUUGUCAAACAAGAGUGCGGAGGUGUAUAAUCGGGUCAAGAAGAGCUGCGAUUGUCGCUUUGGUAUCAUGUCUCAAUGCGUUCAGGCCAGCAACGUUGUCAAGAAUCAGCCGCAGUACUGCUCGAAUGUCCUGAUGAAAUUCAAUUGCAAGCUUGGCGGAACCACUUCUAUGAUCAAAGCCAAAAAGCAAUACUUCGAAGAGUCUACGAUGAUCAUUGGUGCCGAUGUCUCUCAUGCUGCACCUGGUAUGGUAGACAUGGCCUCUAUGGCUGCUAUGACUGUCUCCUUGGAUAGAACAUGCUCUCGUUACGGAGCUGCCGUCCAGUCAAACGGACAUCGUGUUGAGAUGAUCACGAGCUCCAAUAUCCAUGAGAUGCUCAAGCCCCUUGUUGCAUGGUGGAUGGCGAACGUUGGGAAUGGCCACCCUCCCAAGCACCUUUACUAUUUCCGCGACGGAGUUUCCGAAGGUCAAUACACCGCUUUGCUUAAGCAGGAAGUGGCAGAUAUCAAGCAGCUCAUGGAUGAAAUGGGCCAGCGUGACCCCGGCAAUAAGCCAAAGAUGACCGUUGUUGUCGCUGAGAAGCGUCACCACAUUCGUUUCUUCCCUCCACAGGGAAUGGCUGGCGACAAGAAUGGAAACCCUGUGCCUGGUACCUUGGUCGAACGCGAUGUCACUCAUCCUUGGGAGAAUGAUAUUUAUCUCUGCUCACACGUGGCUAUCCAGGGAACCGCUCGUCCUGUUCACUACCACAUGCUGAUGGAUGAGGCCAACCUUCCUGUUGAGAAGUUCCAAACUCUUCUCUAUGAGCACUGCUACCAAUUCCAGCGUGCUACAACUCCGGUCUCGUUGUUUCCUGCAGUCUACUACGCCCACUUGGCUUCAAAUCGUGCCACUUCUCACAUUGAUCUAGCCAAGAGCGAAAUCUCGAGGAUCAACCGCGAGAAGCGAGCAGGCAAGGGUAUAAUCAAGGUCUCCGACGGGUCUGAUAGCGAAUGGGCCAAGCUCCUUCCCAUGGAGCCUACAAACGGCAUCGGGUUGGGUAUGUGGUACAUCUGA